AUGCGUAGCUCUUCUACACAGCUCAGCCAGCCCAUAGCCUCGAUGGAGUAUCCUUACCCUCACAGUCUCGAGCUGAGGACAGAAUGGAACGGAGACACUGCAAGUCCUGCGACUAUCCGCGUCAUUUUGCAGGUGCAAGCCAGACCGCACUCAUCUCUGACGAUACUCAAAAACAUCGACGAUUUGGGCUUGACUGAAAGUGAUUUAUUUGACUGCAAAACUAGCUAUAUUGGCCUGGAAGCACCAGAUAAUAGCUCUGACGAUGAUAUGAAAGACGACCAUGACAGCCCUCCUUCCCUCGACCAGGGACAACCAAAUGAGGGUGCGCACGAUAGCCCCGAAAACGCGAGUAGGAUCAGUCAACUACUCCAAAGUCAGAAAAACGACAGCACAUCGCAGGAACUUUGCAGUGAUGAUGGACAGUCUGACGGGCAGACAACAAUAAAAGCCCCAAAUAAUAACGAUGCCGCAUCCUUAAGAAGCCUUGCGACCACGCCAAGACCAAGCAAAAUCCCCAUCCGCAAGUUCGACCUUGACGGAGCGUCCGAUGGGCCCGACCCCUCCGAACCCUGGUCAGCAAAGGAUGGAGAUGCAGACACGGUUCAUAAAGACUCGACCUACAGCGACCUUGAUCUCGACUUACCGCCCAGUCCAACGCCGUCUUCGCAGGAUUUGUUCCCUUGGACAUCGACAAAGGACAUCGUCAGCCGUAUGGAGGAGAGCGAGAGUGAUUCGUCUCUUUUGGCAGGAGAUGCCUACAUUCGUCGUAACGAUGGGAACCUAGUGUUCUACGUUUCCAGCCAGGGAAAAGAGGGCCUUUACAGGGUUGAGGUCAUUUCCCAUCAGUUUCUGAACCAGAACUUGGAGGGCUGGUAUAUGCUGGAUCUGUCUGAUAUUAUCGUUGCAUGUCCGAAUGUUCCUGGAAAGUUCGUUUUGGAUAUACCGCUGGACAGGUCUUUUGAGCACAAAAUUAGUGGUCUUGAUGAUGUCCAGGAGUCGGAUGGUUGCUUUCAGUCUUCUUUUGACCCGCGGGAGAGACCCUUUGUUUUCUUUCAGAUUCGUGAGCGGGAGUCUGAGAAUAACGGGGUUCAGGAUGUACAAACGAAAGUCUAUCAGACGCAUCUAGCUGACGAAGAAGCUGAUGCAGGUGAUCAGGGUGAUAUAGACGAACCAGAGAACGGAAUCAAGUCCACCGCGGAACAAGUGGAAACAAAAGGGGCGCCUCCCAGAAAAAGCUCAUCAUGUCCGGCUAGACGCUCUUCUCCAGAAAACGCUCUCCGAGAACAAUUCCUCUUCAUCCUGCAGUGGCUCCUACCGGCCGUCUUUCUCUCCACCGUGUUCAUCUGCGCACUCAUCGGCGGGCCUCCCGAAGCCAUCGCCACGCCUAGUAACACAUUUCGCACCGUCGGAAGGUAUGCAAACCAUAUUCGUGCUAGACUUGAAACGCAUGUGAAUACGUCGCAGCACUAUAUCAACGAUCAGGAUCCCAAUCAUUCAGAGACAACACCAGUUCCAACCAUUGUGCUAGAUGAGCUGCAACUAGACGAUAUUGAUAUUGGCGAAGAUACCUCUCCGCAACAAGACGAGAACGACACUCUAGAGUCAGACAUGUGUUUCCUUCCCUGGGCAGGACCGAUAGAUUACUACGGCCCGGUGUGCGCUUCGGGGCUUAUCUUUGCGGACAAACCACUAACCUCCAAAGAGAUGCCCCCAAGUCGUAGAGAUGGCUCAUCCAAAGCACUUUCUCGAGGCGCAUUCAUCUCCUCCUUUGCAGUGGAGGUAUUCCGUCACGUCGCCUGCUCGACCUCGGUUGCGUGCACGAUGGCACAAGUCAGUGACUACAAGGAUCCGACAUGGGAGGUGUUUGAGCGAUACUACUGCGGCGAGAACGGGAGAUGGCGGCCGACUACGAUUCGGGAUCGAGUGGAUUAUUUGUUGGGUUGGACGCCGCCUGAGUGUUGGGAGGAUUGA